AUGAGCCCGCGCACUCCGCGGCGCUCGCCGCUGCUGCUCGCCCUCGCCCUCGCCACCACGCUGCAAUGCGCGGCGGGGGCGGGCGUGUUCGAGCUGCAGGUUCUGGAGUUCUCCAACUACCGGCUGCAGCUUGCGUCGGGUCGCUGCUGUGGCGGAAGUGAGCCCGCGACCGUCACCUCUCCGACGGUUUCCACACCUUCUGCAACCUGCGCACGUCCGUGUCGCACGCGGUUUGCCCUGUGCCUUAAGGAAUACCAGUCGGCGGCGGCGCCUGGCGCCUGCUCAUUUGGCCGAGCGGCUUCCCCAGUCCUCGGCACAGACUCGUUCACGCUCGCCGACCCGCUAUACACGCUCGCGUUGCCUUUUUCGUUCCGUUGGACGCGCUCCUUCACGCUCAUUCUGCAGGCCUACGACGAUUACGACUACGUGGGCGGCGUCGACGGAGAGAGUGGGCUUAUCGAGCAAGCGUGGUGGUCUGGGAUCGUGGAGCCGGGCGCCGAAUGGCACGCUCUGAGACACGCCGGGUCCGCUGCCGCGUUGGCCUACCGCGUGCGAGUCCUGUGCCAGCCCAACUACUACAACACCACCUGCACCAGCUUCUGCCGCCCGCGUGAUGACAAGUUCGGCCACUACUCUUGCUCGCCGCAGGGCGACAAGCGGUGCCUGCCUGGCUGGCAGGGUGAUAACUGCGAGAAACCAGUGUGCAAAGAAGGCUGCCAUCCGGCGCAUGGCCGUUGCGAUCGUCCUGGGGAAUGUUUGUGUCGACCGGGCUGGCGCGGCGAACUGUGCGCGCAAUGUCAGCCUUACCCGGGCUGCAAGCACGGCUACUGCAACGGCUCCUCCUGGGAUUGUACUUGUGACACCAAUUGGGGUGGCAUCCUCUGCGAUCAAGACCUCAACUAUUGCGGCACGCACGAGCCUUGCCAGCACGGAGGCACAUGUGAGAACACGGCGCCCGACCAGUAUUUAUGCACGUGCGCCGAAGGCUUCUCGGGCGCCGACUGCGAACGAGUCGACAACCCUUGCGCCCCACAGCCUUGUGCGCAUGGUACGUGUGAGCUGAGCGCCGCCUCCACCGGGUUUACAUGCGUCUGCGAGCGUGGCUGGACAGGCACACGUUGCGACCUGGAUGCCGACGACUGCGCCUCGAUGCCCUGUCUCAACGGUGCGCUCUGCCACGACCGUCUCGACGCCUUCCAGUGUGACUGUGCAGCAGGGUGGCGCGGUCUCACCUGCACCGAGGACGUAGACGAGUGCGCCGAAGUACAAGUUGGACCCGAGGGUUCUUUGGGACCGUGUGUCAACGCGGCCGCUUGCAACAACACGGCAGGCGGCUACUCGUGCACCUGUCUCGCCGGUUGGACGGGCCGCGACUGCGAGCACAACGUGGACGACUGCACGGGUCAGUGUCUCAACGGCGCUACAUGCAUUGACCUCGUGGAUGACUUUCAUUGUGCGUGCGCAGCCGGUUGGGCGGGACGCACUUGCGCGGAAGACGUCGAUGACUGCGCGCCGCGACCUUGCCGUAACGGCGGAGAAUGCGUGGAUCUUCUCGAUGCUUAUCGCUGCAUCUGUCCCGUUGGAUUCUCGGGCGUGGACUGCGAGGACGAUCGCGACCACUGCGCCGGCGCCCCUUGUGCUAACGGCGCCACCUGCUACACGGCUCAGAGUGACUACUAUUGUCACUGUGCGCCCGGCUGGACCGGAAAGAACUGUACGCUGCGCGUCGUGCCGCCUCUGUUGCUAAAAGAACCAAACGAGUGCGUUCCGAAUCCCUGCCUAAACAAUGGAAGUUGCUCGAGCGUCUCCGGAGGCUUUUCGUGUGUCUGUCGUGAUGGAUGGACCGGUGAAACGUGUACGAAGACGGUGGAAGCGGUUUGUUCCCCACCUUGUGCCAACGGCGGUUCCUGUGCUCUGCUACCUGCGCCGCUGAAUGAGACGCCCCGCGCUCGCUGCGUCUGUGCCCCCGGCUGGGCCGGGCCUGCUUGUGAUCUGCCCCUCGCUCCUCAGGUCGUUCCUGCCGCUGGCCCUUGUCCGUGCCUACACGGCGGCUCGUGCGUGGCGGUCGGCGGCGCCUGGGCCUGCGCCUGUCGCAGCGGCUGGGGUGGCGCACGCUGUGAGAUCCCCGCCGACGCGUGCGUCUCCGCACCUUGCCGCAACGGAGCGCGUUGCGUCGGCGGAGCCGGCUGGUGGGCGUGCGAGUGCCUGCCGGGUUGGGCCGGUCCCGACUGUGGCGCUCCCGCCUGUCAACCGACUUGCCCGCCGCCCUCGCUGUGCGCACCCGCCGCCAGCGCGGCACGCUGCCUCUGCCCCGCCAGGCCGUCGCACGUCGCCCGACGGUGUUUGGAACUGAUCGCCGGUCUGGGAGAAGAGAGUGAGACGAGAGAAGCCAUCGGAAUCGAUGAAGCUGAGCCGGUGGCGGGAAACGCGGCGAGUGAAGGGCCCGGUGCGUGCGGUGCCGAGAACGGCACGUGGUGGUGGGGCUGCAAUGCAUGCCGAUGUGCGCGUGGUGAAGCGGUAUGCACGCGCCUCUGGUGCGGUCUGGCCGAUUGCCUGGCACCGGGUGCACUGGCGUGUCGCACUGACGAAGUCUGCGUCCCGGCCGCGCCCUCACUCUGCCUGCGGCCGCCUUGCGCCCCGCUGGGUGAGUGUCGGCGCGUGGCGGGUCGACGUGUGGAGCCGCCGGCGUUGCCUGCCCCGGCUGCAUGCUGGCCUGGCGCGCGGGCGCCGCCUCCGCCAGGGUGCGCGAGAGCGGAGUUGCGGCUCGCUCGAGAACGGCUGGCGCCGGGCGCUCACGUGGAGCGGGCCUGCGGGGCCCUGCGGCGGGCACUAGCAGCUGCCCUAACCGAUCGUUCGACACCCGCUCCUCCCCUUACUCUUCUUUGCGAUCUCGCAGCCGACGACGACGAUGCUCUCGAUUUGGCACUUUGGGCGGGUGAAGACGAUGGCCGGCAGCCGCCUACCGAAGACGAGACGAGUACACUCGCGAGUGCCGUCAAGGCGCUGAGUGAAUUGGUAGCGCGGCGCCGCCUCAACCAUCACGCGCUGCUCGGUGCCGCUCUUCGCCUGCGCCUGUCGGCCGCCACGCCACCUCCCGCCUCUCCCGCCGCGCCGGCAGCGGUGCCGCAGCCGGCAUCCGGUCCUGCUCUGCUCGUCCUGGCCGCCACCGUUCCGCUGCUACUCCUCGGUGCCGCCGCGGCGACCGCGGUGCUGGUUAAGCGUCGAAGGAUCGUCGCCGCCGCCGAAGAACGCACGCGACGCCACGAUGAAGAGAAAUCGAACAACUUGCAAAACGAAGAGAACCUCCGGCGCUACGCGAAUCCUCUGGGCGGUCGAGGCGAGGCGGAGGCUUUGCCGCGCGCGCACUCGUUGUACAAGGCGCAGAACGCCGACGUACGAAACAACGCUCCGACGCGCGAGAAGGAGCUCACGAAGCGAUCCCUUCCGCCUCCCGAUCCGCCGCCCGCCGCGAGGCAUCCGCCCCCCGAAAGACUCACAGUGCUCGUCUGA